AUAAUUAUCUAUCUAUCAUUGCGCGAGAAGAAGAAAGUAGCAGCCACUUCGGCCCUUCACAGCAGCGACCUUCCAAUCCACAACAAUGACUAAGAGGACGAAGAAGGCCGGUAUCGUUGGGAAAUAUGGAACCCGUUACGGUGCUAGUCUGCGUAAGCAGAUUAAGAAAAUGGAAGUCAGUCAGCACAGCAAGUAUUUCUGUGAAUUCUGUGGCAAGUAUGCUGUGAAGAGAAAGGCUGUUGGAAUCUGGGGAUGUAAGGACUGCGGAAAAGUUAAGGCGGGCGGUGCCUACACCUUGAACACUGCUAGUGCUGUGACGGUUAGGAGCACCAUUAGGAGGCUGAGGGAGCAAACCGAGAGUUAAGCUGCUGUUGGUGGCCUCUACCACUCUAUGAGCGUCUUGCAGCUAUGGAUAUCUCAAACAGUUUUGGGGAUGGUUCUCCUUUUGUUUGCUUAUAUUAUUUUGAAGAACUCGUUAGAUGCAUGUUGACUCAUUGUAGUGUGUUUAAUCUGAGAUCUUAGCUUCCACCUUUGAAUUCAGAAUGCAGUUUAAUA